UUCCUGUUGCUGGAGAUGAUUUGCCCAGCAUGCCCACGAUCAUGGCAAGCACGUGGACCCCGCCUCACGCUGGCAGUCUUGGUUCAAGAAUCGUGGGCUACCGGGGACAGUUGCAACACGAUUGGAACCGAUGGAGCGCAUCAUGUACGAGAAACACGUUUUCAUAUCUAUCACAUCUUCCCUUCGGGCAGAGAACAUUGCGGUCCUCGAGCAGACUGCGAGAGCGGUCAGGACUCUGAUCGGGGUGACACGGACAUGGGCUGGCCCAGAAGCAUCACAAGUCGACGAAUCUAUGCGAGAUGCAUGCCCUUGGAAGGUUGAUGGUCAUCAAAUCGGUUUCGUCGACCGGCUGGGGGUCGGCAUCGACAGAACGAUGCUACUCCAGGCAUUCGCGGUGGCAAAGGUGCUAGGGCCAAAGCGUUUCGAAGACGAUGACAUAUGGGAUACUCUUCUUCGUUCCUGGCUGUGGACUGGCCCUUCAUGGGACAUUGGUUCGCCAACGAACGUAUCUUCUAUUUUCUACGACUCGCUCCGCGAUGCGCGGUCCUUUGCUGGACACAAGGGUGUCAUGAAAAGCUGUGCGGCGGUGGUUUUCGGCAACGACCGCAUCCGGCGUCUCAGUAAUCGGGCGAAGGCAGAUCAGCUCGACAUUCACAGCCUGAUCGCCGAGCUCGAGGUCUGCCUUCUUGCCCGUUUCAUCCUGGACAGUUCAGUCGCCGGCGCUUCCACCGACAUAGUGGAGUGGUGUGACAGUUUCCGGCAAACGCUCGGUGUUGCUUCUACGACCUCAGGCAGCAUGACCAGCGUUGAUGACACCCUGGACCGAGAAGGUUUUGUCCGCAGCCAAGAGGGGUUGCUUGAUACGAAUGCGCUGUGGGAGUAGGAGACGAACACGUCGUGGGGACGCAGCACAAUGCUCAAAGGAGACGCAUCGCAGCAGCGCAAGUGGGCGCGUCAUUGCAGUAUUGACUGAGCCGCGGCAGACGAAGCACAGUUCAGAUGCCGCGCACUAAUCGGCCUCAUGCUGCUAACUCGCAGCGUCGUGGCUCACGUUUAAUAUCUUGCCGACUGCUAAUGAGCUGGCACUCGUUCGUGGAGGCACUCUCAGGACCAUCGCACAGGUGAUCGGUUCCUCUCAUCAGCACAGGCGCGAGCUCUCCCGUCCGUCUGCGCGUUUCGCGCGCUGAGCCCCCUCCAAAGGUUCGGCCGUCCCUCGCGAAGCUGGCGCACCUGAGAUAAGCUGUUAUGCUUGCUCUCUCAAGAGCAAGCCAGUCCGGUCGCGCUCUGACCGUCUCUCUCUCUCUCUCCGCAGGUCUCCGGGUGAAAGAAGAAAAUGCAGC